AACAGACAGGUUGAAGAUGGAUAUGGAUCUUAUACUGGGGACGUGUGUAAUUAGAGGACGCACCACUGCAGUUCUGUAAGCUACAGUGCCUUAGAUUACUUUCGCUUGCACACGCUGCAUCAGCACCACGGAUGAUACCGAACUCUCAGAAUCUAUGUAUAUGCUGUAUAUAUAUAUCUCAUCUUUUGAUAAUUGCACAUAUUUUAGUAACAAACAUGUUUAUGUUUAUUGGCACACUAGCAUUUUUUCUGGACAUCGUAUUAUACGCAAAAUUGAGCCUUUCUAUGGAAAAUGAUUUUUGUAUCCCCAUUCUACUAGAAGAUAACAUUUCUGCAGAACACAAUUUCUUUAGUAACGCGGAGGAAGCAAGUCAGCAGCGGGUUGUUUUUAAAAUCAACGCUUUCAACCAGGAAUUUUACAUCAAACUAUUCCCAGAUUCCAGUUUUCUUGCGCCUACCUUUUCUGCGCACAGUGGCACACCAACGCCUCAUUCCACAACAUCUGAUCUGAGCCGCUGCUUCUUCUCUGGUGAUGUAAAUUCUGAUCGGAAUUCUUACGCUGCUCUGAGUCUGUGUAAAGGCUUGCACGGUGCAUUUGGUUAUAAGGGGUCGGAGUACUUCAUCGCCCCAAUAGGUAAUGUCUCCACAGAAGAAACCCUCAGGAGCGCGGAGAGAGCGCAUGUCAUUCGCCGCAGAAGUAAUUCUCACCUCGGCGACUCCACUUCCAGGUGCGGCGUGAGUUCCGGUCUGAACCGCAACAUGUUAGAAUCUUUGGAGAAAUACAAAACCAUGAAUGGACACAGUAAAGGGAACAUGACUCAGACUGCGUUAAAGCGCAUUGGCAGAUCAAAACGCUUUGCAUCCAUUCCCCGGUACGUGGAGGCCCUCGUCGUUGCAGAUGAGUCCAUGGCUAAGUUCCAUGGCGACGACCUGAAACAUUACCUGCUGACUCUCGUGUCGGUUGCUGCCAAACUUUACAAGCACCCCAGCAUACUCAACUCCAUAAACAUCGUGGUGGUGAAGUUUAUUGUUAUUAAUGAAGCUGACAAAGGACCGAAGAUAUCUGGUAACGCAGCACUGACGUUGCGCAAUUUUUGCACGUGGCAGAAAAAGUUAAACAAACACAACGACAAGCACCCCGAAUAUUGGGAUACCGCUAUCUUGUUCACCAAGCAGGACUUGUGUGGAGCUACGACGUGCGACACCCUGGGCAUGGCGGAUGUUGGCACCAUGUGCGACUCCAAGAGGAGCUGCUCUGUCAUUGAGGACGACGGUCUCCCAUCAUCCUUCACCACAGCCCACGAACUGGGCCAUGUCUUCAACAUGCCACAUGACAAUGUGAAGGCCUGUGAGGAUGUGUUCGGGAAGCAGAGGGAUAAUCACAUGAUGUCUCCCACACUGAUCCAGAUCGACCGCAACAACCCCUGGUCUUCCUGCAGCGCCGCCAUCGUCACCGACUUCCUAGACAGUGGCCACGGGGACUGCUUGCUGGACCAGCCUCAGAAGAGCCUGGCCCUCCCUGAUGCGCUCCCGGGCAGCACCUACAGCCUGAGCCGGCAGUGCGAGCUGGCCUUUGGAACGGGCUCCAAGCCCUGCCCGUACAUGCAGUCCUGCGCCAAGCUGUGGUGCACGGGCAAGGCGCGGGGCCAGCUGGUGUGCCAGACCCGCCACUUCCCCUGGGCCGAUGGCACCAGCUGCGGAGACGGCAAGCUGUGCGUCCGAGGAGCCUGCAUCGACAAACACAACGCCACAAAGGCCAGGGUGGACGGUCGCUGGGGAGAGUGGGGGCUGUUUGGCUCAUGCUCCAGAACGUGCGGCGGUGGGGUUCAGCUGACCAAGAGGCAAUGUAACAACCCUGUUCCAGCCCACGGGGGGAAAUACUGCCAAGGCGUGCGUGUGAAAUACCGCUCCUGCAACCUGGAGCCCUGCCUUGACACAGGUAAAAGUUUCCGCGAGGAGCAGUGCGCAGCCUACAACGGCUUCAGCCUCAACACUAACCGGCUGGCUCCCACUGUGGUGUGGGUCCCCAAAUACUCAGGCGUUUCCCCCAAGGACAAGUGUAAACUCAUCUGCCGGGCCAAUGGCACAGGCUACUUCUACGUCCUUGCCCCCAAGGUCACAGAUGGGACACCUUGUUCCCCUGACGCCCCUGCAGUCUGUGUUCAGGGCAGGUGUAUCAAGGCUGGCUGUGAUGGAAAACUCAACUCCAAUAAGAAGUUUGAUAAGUGUGGUGUGUGUGGGGGAGACAACCGCAGCUGCAGGAAGGUCUCAGGCCUGUUCACCAAGCCAAUACAUGGCUACAACUUUGUGGUGUUGCUUCCUGUCGGGGCCUCGAACAUCGACAUCCGGCAGCGGGGCUACAAGGGCCUGGUCAGCGACGACAACUACCUGGCGGUGAAGGACGGGCGGGGCCAGUAUCUGCUGAACGGGCAGUACGUGGUGUCAGCGGUGGAGAAGGACAUCACGAUCCGCGGGGGGCUCCUGCGCUACAGCGGCACCAGCACGGCGGUGGAGACCCUACAGGCCACCAGACCCCUGCAGGAGCCUCUCACCGUGGAGGUGCUGUCCGUGGGCAAGAUGACCCCGCCCCGCAUCCGCUACUCCUACUACAUCCCCAAGGAGAACAAGGAGGAGCGCACCCUGAAGAAGGAGGGCCGCGUCCACGCCCAGAACAGCGUGCUGGUGGAGAACAACCGGGUGGAGCUGAAGAAGCCCCGGGCCAGGGUGACGUACAAGUGGACGGUGGGCGCCUGGGAGGCCUGCUCGGUCAGCUGUGGCAGCGGUCUGCAGAGGAGGCUGGUCCAGUGCCUGGACCCUCAGGGAAAACCGGCCACCACCUGCGACCAAGGGCAGAGGACCAGCGCCAUACAGGCGUGUGGGGACCCCUGCCCCGUCUGGAAGAUCGGGGAGUGGUCCCCCUGCUCCAAGAGCUGCGGGAAGGGCUUCCGGCGUCGCGUGCUGCGUUGCGUCACGGAAACGGGCCUUCUCCUGCCCCGGGACAACUGCCACCAGAGAAAGCCUCAGGAGCUGGACUUCUGCGUGGCGAGAGCGUGUUAACUCUAACAUGGCCGUGAUCACUCGAUCAAGGCUUUUGUUACUUCUAGUGAGGAUUGGUUGGUGCUAACGAGGCGUUGUUAAUUCUAAUGAGGAUUGGUUGAUGCUAAUGAGGCCCUGUUAACUGUAACAAGGCUUUGUUAAUUCCAGUGAGGAAUGGUUAAUGCUAACGAGGCCUUGGUAACUCUAAAAAGGCUUUGUUAAUUCCCAUGAGCAUUGGUUAACGCUAACGAGGCUUUGUUAAUUCUAAUGAGGAUUAGCUAAUGCUAACAAGGCCUCGGUCACUCUCAGGCUCUCUGUUUCACGCUACUUCAUUUAUAUCUGGAAAAAACAGAAACAUUAACAAUUCAGAACGUUUUGUUCUGGUGCAUCCGCCUGCAACAGGGAGACAGGUGGAGAGGAAAUCCUUUCUGAGCCUAAGAGCAUGAGAAGAGAGAGCUGGAGAGAAUGAGACAAAGUGAAGUACAGACUGAUUUCAAUGAUACAGGGUUGGAGCCUACAAAACCCUACCUCCAGUAGGACCUCAAAUAACCCAUUGGUCAAAACUUGGAAUCUAGUCAUCUAGAGGGCUGGAAAUCUGGGUAUGACCUUUCACUUGUCAACAAAAUAUAGUUGGCUUUUCACCUGAACAUCUAGAUACCUAUACAUAUCAAGUCGUACAUAUCUAGGUGAAAACCCAGCUAUCUUGACUAGAUUCUGUCUUUUGCUCACCGGGUAAUGAAAACACCCAAAAGUACAGAAGAUGUGCAUAUGUGUGUUAAAAAGAAAUAUAAGAGAAAAAAAAGCAGUCACUGGAUUUACAGGGGGGCUGGACGUUAAACAAAACACUUUUCUGAUUGAAGCUGUCCCAUGACUGGAGUUUUCUCCACUGACUCAUUUUUGUAGACAUUUUCUCCACUAAAUCAGUAACCCUGGUUCUCAACUAGAAAAUGUAAAAAGCAUAAUAAGAAUUAGGUAGAUGCAGCCAAAGUAUACAACUCUAAUAACUAGGUGAAAUUAUAUUUUGUAAAAAUAAUAAUAAUAAUCAAGAACAAAAAUGAACAGUCCAUAAUAUAAAUCCACAGAACAAAAUAUCGUAAUGCCAUGUAUACCUAUCUGUGUACCUAUCUGAAAGAUGUGCACAGCUGUUUACAUAUAGUAGUUCCCUGGAUUCAUACCAUAUUUCACUGCAAAGCCUUUGUCUAUGAUAUUAAUGUGAUACCACUGAAUCACAAUAUGACAAUUGUACUCCAAAUCAUUAGACAAGUUUUUCUAAGCAUUUCAAUUAUCAUUGGUAUACAGUAUUCUACUUGGUAGAUCAAUACCUUGUUAUUGCUUCAUUAUUAAACCACUUGACUUAUGAAAAUAACUCGGUAAUUGAGCUUUAUCAAUUUCCCAAUUUCAAUCAGUUACAAAUUGGUGCUAAGGAAUCACUCAGAACAAUUGACCAGUUUUUGUUUGGUGUAUAUAUUUUCACUGUGUGACACUUUGUUUUUUCCUAUACAAAAUGUGUAUUUUUAAAAUGAUUUUGUUAAAAUGUUAAACUGUAAAAUGUUAAUACUCCUGUUCCUCCCUUCUGUGUCACUCACACAAGCUGUCUAAAAACAUAUUUUGUGAAACAGAGGUGACACUGUGUCUGAAAAUGCCGUUGUACUGCAAGAGACCAUUCUCAACAUUUCAGCAUGACUUAGGUUAUCCAGUGCCGGAGAAUGAGCUCCCUUUCUUGUUUGUGUAUAUGAAUGACACUCCAUUGUUGAUACCGAGUUGCUAAUUCUAUUGAACAUUUUUAGUGAGGAAAAUGAGUUGUGAAAUGUAAAAUAUGUGUAUUGUUUUACCAGUGAAUUCUGUGAGGUUCAGGUUUAGUAGAUUCAGGCAAAAUAUAAAGCAUUCAAAAUAUGUGGUAUAUAUAUAUAUAAAAAGACACUUUCAUUUUAAGAGAUUUGGAUAAUCAGCAUAGUCUGGUGGAAUGCAAAGAUUUUAAAUUAUCCAAACUAGGAAAGUCCCCAGCUCCAAAUCACUGAUUCCACAGUCCUCUCACACAGUGAGACACUAAUGACCAAUCACGUUUUCCUGAAAUGAAAUAUUGUAUUUCUUUCCCUUCUGUAUGUGUAAUGCCAGGUGAUUUGACACAGUGUUACUGGCUGAUACAAGCCAGAAACGCAUCUGCGAAUUAUACACUCUGUCUGGUACAGCUGACAUCAAAACAUAAGUUAUUAUGCUUAGACAUGCUUAGAUAUGGUUAAUCCACUGUAUAUGUUGAGCUCUUCUACCUUUCAAGGCCUGUUAUCCAAUACAGCUCAUAUUUCUGUCUUUUCUGAUUUUUUUUCUGAUUUUUUUGGUUCGGAGGGACCUCCUGCUCCAUCUAAAAGAUGGUUCCUGUAUUACAUUGAAUUUGUCUGUUGUAUUUUGUGCAUUAUGCGGGAGAAGACACACAUACUUCUUUUUCUGUCCCAGCUGCAUAGUAUACUAUGUAUACACCCACCCAGCUGUGCACAAAUAACACAUGUA